UAAUUUCAAAGUAUGUGUCCCCUUAAAGCUAUGAAUACUCUUUGGUAUUAUCUGAUUAUUCUUUAUUAUCAGUCCAAAGAAAAAGUGGCACAAGCUGUUUCUCUAAAAAUACAGUAAUUUCAAUAAUGAUCACAGGUAAAAUGGGUAAAACAGAAGCAAAGAAAAUAGAAAAGAAAGCAUAGGGAAGAUAAGAAACAUACCAUUUUUUGAUGUGUCCCUCUAAAAACCCACGCUAGCUCUAACAUUAACAACAUGGAGUCACGAAAAUCACGUGCUAAGUGCACUGAGCAUAAACAGCGCCCCUGGAAUAACGUGUUGUUCACAAAAGGUAUAAUAUGUGUUGCGAUCCUGUACUUUGCCCAUGGUUCUGAAGCCGCGACGACAGCAUGGCCAGAAAUUUGUCGAGUGAUGUCAUUGUAUAGAACGUGUGACGACAGCACUUUUCGUGUAGCCUGUCCCUACAAGUGUCUUGGUCUUGAAUCUGGUUGCAAAGCUAACAACUUGAUAUACGUCCCUUCUAAAGGAAAAUGCUAUGGAAUAACCAUAAAUGGAUUGAAUUUAUGGCCGUUUGCACUGGAUUCCUGUCUCUGGUAUAAUGCUAAGUUAGCGGUACUCAAGGACGCUUCCGAUGCUGAAGUGAUCGCCGCUUUGAUAACUGAGACAGGAAACAGCGAAACUAAAUUUCUUGUCGGUGCAUUGAAUGUGGGCAAAUCGAGUGGUUGGGUACAUGUUGAUGGAACGGCAGUGGACGACUCAUUUUGGUCUUCAGGCGAGCCAUCAAGCAGCAGCAAUUUAUGUAUGUUUAGUGAGAAGAGCAAAUCGUAUAAGCAGACAUCCGACAACUGUGGUCAGAACAGAGCGUUUGUCUGCGAAGCAUUCUAAGACAAAGUACAGAGAGAUGAAGAUAAAGAUGCCGUUGUACGAUAUUUCUUGUAAAACGAGAUAUGUUCCAAUAAAAAUUAAAAAUAAAA